AGACACGUCGACACACACACGAGUUCAAACACACGCACACGCACGCGCGCAAACGCAACUUCUGGUGACCUUCCAGCGAAACACUCCUCUCAUUGGUACACUCAGACAGGCUGCUCUCUCGGGUAGCUGCGUAGAACGUGCACACCACCCGCUCAAGGUAUUAAUGGCACACUCACCAGGCACUCACCAGGAGACCCAUGAAGCGAACCUGUAG